CGAUCACACGAGCUGGCAACGUCGACAUCCUCGCUCGCACUGCACUGAGAUCCGUCUCACCUAGGAUGAGUAACGUGGCGUCUACAUCUAGACAGGUGCUCCGCAGCAGCGCCCAGGGCGGCGCCUGCGGAGUGAGCUCUGUAUCCAGAGCUGCUCGCGCUCCGGCCUGGUUCCUGCAGUCAACGCCGGGCUACUCCCCAAUAAGCGCCUCGACAUCCCGCGGCUUUGCUUCCUCUUCGCGGAGGUCUCUGGAUCAUGUGCCACCACGAAACAUCUUUUCUCCGCUUUCCGUCGAGAUCGGCCCGCUCGGUCUGAACCGCCUGGAGGAAAUGUAUCGCAACACGCUCGCACUGGACCUGAUGUACAUGACGUACGAUCACAUUUCACCGGAGGAUGCGGCAGCGGAGCGGGAGCGCAAGAUUAACAAGCAUAAGCGGGAAUGGGAUCCAUCAGAUCCUUACACAAAGAACCGUCCCGCUCGUCCGCUACGAGGAAAUCGUCGCCCCCCGCCAGGUCCGACGCACAUCAUCACAGAGGAUCCGGCUCGGAACCUCGUCAAGCUUGACCGAGUCAUCAUUACAUGCUUUGUCAAAGACGCGAUUGUCAACAAGAACCUUCUCGUGCCCCUUCUCUCCCAGUUCAGAGCCAUCACUGGUCUGCCUGUUAUCGGGUCCAACGCCAGUCCCGCAGAUUUGAAUGAACGCAACAGCACGCAGGGGCACAUCCAGAUCAUCCGUGCCAAAUCAGGCGUGGCAGUUUUCAAGUUGCGCAAGGGCAUGCCAGUAGGCGUCAAAGCCGUCCUGCCAGGCCCCAUAGCGCACAGUUUCAUUGACACCCUGGUCAACUUUGUCCUGCCGAGACUGAGGACAUUCAACGGCUUCCUUUUGCCACCGCCCAAUCAGCCGCCCAUGAGUCCCGCGGCGCUUAGUGGCGUUGUGUCCCUCGGCAUUGGCCCCGAGGCUCUCCCGCUGUUCCCGCAGCUCGAGGUGAACUGGGACUCGUAUCCCGGCAAGAGCUACGGCUUCCAGAUCGACUGCGUGACAAAUCAGCGAGGAAAAAAGGCAACAGACAAGGCGAGAACACUUCUCAGUGGCAUGGGUGUGCCGUUUGUGCGCAGAUCAGAUCUGCGGUGAAUGUGGAUUAGCUUCUGGUGCUUUAUGUCUACAUCUUGGCUUUAUCGCCCGACUGCUUUUCCUUAUUCUUAUUCUGCGCCAGAUUGACGCUCAGCGGCAGGGUCAGCGCAAUCUGCCUGGAGAUGCAGAGGAUCGUGCUGUCCUGUCCUUGCGGCAGACCGAGACGCUCAGCAUCGUCCGGGUGGGAGUAGACUUCGACAUCGAGCUCGUUCUGCCCUUGAUAGACAUGCCGGCUGGUAGAAUAGAGCCCUACUUUCAUGACCGGCGCGUCCCACGGCACGGCGCGCUUGAACUCGAUGGCGAG